CAUCGAAAAGCCGGAAUAAAACAAAAGGAAAAAAUUACAGCAAAAACCAAUAAAUUACAAAUUCAGCAUUAAAAAAUGGAUGUUGAUGCUGCACAAAAGACUUGGGAGCUGGAGAACAACAUACAGACUCUGCCCAGCUGUGAUGAAAUCUUUCGCUAUGAUGCCGAACAGCAGCGUCAAAUUAUCGACGCCAAGCCCUGGGAAAAAGAUCCACAUUUCUUUAAAGACAUCAAGAUUUCAGCUCUCGCGCUGCUCAAGAUAGUCAUGCACGCCCGCUCCGGAGGCACACUCGAAGUUAUGGGCCUAAUGCUCGGCAAGGUUGAGGAUAACACAAUGAUUGUGAUGGACGCGUUUGCCUUGCCGGUGGAGGGCACCGAGACACGCGUGAAUGCCCAGGCCCAGGCCUAUGAGUACAUGACUGCCUACAUGGAGGCCGCCAAAGAGGUGGGCCGCAUGGAGCAUGCCGUCGGCUGGUACCACAGCCACCCCGGCUACGGCUGCUGGCUGUCUGGCAUCGAUGUAUCCACACAGAUGCUCAACCAGACCUACCAGGAGCCGUUCGUGGCCAUUGUGGUCGAUCCUGUGCGCACUGUCUCUGCUGGCAAGGUUUGCCUGGGCGCCUUCCGCACCUACCCAAAGGGCUAUAAGCCACCAAACGAGGAGCCAUCCGAAUAUCAGACCAUACCAUUGAACAAGAUUGAGGAUUUCGGCGUGCACUGCAAGCAGUACUAUCCGCUCGAGAUUAGCUACUUCAAGUCGGCUCUGGACCGCAAACUGCUGGACUCCUUGUGGAACAAGUACUGGGUGAACACUCUGGGUAGCUCUGGUCUGCUGACCAACACGGAAUACACCACUGGCCAAAUAAUGGAUCUGUCCGAGAAGCUGGAGCAGAGUGAAAACUUUCUGGGUCGCGGCACCGACGUCAACGAGAAACGCUCCGAGGACAAGCUAUCCAAAGCUACGCGCGACUGCAGCCGCUCCACAAUUGAGUUAAUACACGGCCUGAUGGCGCAGAUAGUCAAGGACAAGCUCUUCAAUAAGGUGGGCCUGGGCAAAUAGGUCCUCUCCUGCAGUAGAAUAUUAUAAAAUACGAAAC